GCGUCCCUUCAUAUCAAAGCCUAAUUCAAUUUGUACGGUUCAAUUGAGAAAUCGUAUACAUUUCUCAUGAAGCAGAUCUUAUCAAACUCUGGUAGCAGAUACAACUUGCUUUCCUUCCAUGGCGUCCGUGAGCAUAAUCCUCCUCUUGACAGUAUUUGUUACUUUACAUUUAUCCCGUUCUAAUGCUCAAACUUGGAUUAAAGCCGGCUACUGGUAUGCUGGCAGUGAAAACCCCAUUCCCGACAUAAAUUCUGCCUUGUUUACACAUCUUAUAUGUGCCUUUGCCGAUGUCAACUCCUCCAACUACCAGCUUUCCAUCCCCUCAGCAAAUCAACAAUACUUCUCCAACUUCACCAAUAUUGUCAAACGCAAGAACCCAUCUAUAGUCACAAUUCUGUCUAUCUGGAAUGGACAAGCUCCCACGGCUCAAUCCAUCUUGGGUGACAAAGUGAACACUUCAGUACUACUGUCUUCAAUGCUCAACCAAUCUUCCCACAGAAAGUCUUUCAUUGAAUCUUCAAUCAGAACAGCAAGACAACAUGGGUUUCAAGGCAUAGAUUUAUUCUGGCUUUGGCCUAAUACCGCCUCAGACAUUACCAACAUGGGAGUUCUGUUGGAUGAAUGGCGAGCUGAAGUGAAUUCUGAAGCCAGAAACACUGGACAAGCACAAUUGAUAUUGAUGAUGGCCCUUCGCUAUUUGCCAACUUUUGAAUUUGGGACAUACCCGAUUGAUUCAAUACGAAGAAAUAUGGACUGGGCACAUGUUAUAGCAUAUGACUAUCAUCUGCCUACGAAGGAGAAAUUUACACACGCUCAUGCUGCUUUAUAUGAUCCAUCAAGCCAUGUUAACACUGAUUAUGGUAUAAGGGACUGGUUGGCUAAAGGAUUUCCAGCAAACAAACUGCUUUUGGGUUUGCCUUACCACGGCUACGCUUGGGCACUUGUGAAUCCCAAAGAAAAUGCAAUUGGUGCACCAUCAUCAGGGAAGGCAGAAACAGCAGAUGGAAGCAUGAGUUACUCGUACAUCAAGGGGUACAUCCAAAGUUAUGGUGCUACACCUAUAUUCAAUGCUACUUAUGUUGUGAAUUACUGCAUUAUUGGAUCCACUUGGAUUAAUUUCGAUGACGUGGAGGCUAUCAGAACUAAGAUUGCUUAUGCAAAGGAGAAGAAGCUACUUGGCUACAAUGUGUUUCUGGUCAGCAAUGACGACAAUUGGGUGCUUUCUCGAGCAGCUCAAGAGGAAGAAAAUGGACAUGGAAACAAGCGAAAGUUAUUGUUAACAGUUCUACUUCCAGUAGCUUUGAUCAUUAUCCUUUUAGCCUUCAUGGUGUGCUACCUACAAAGCAGAGUACUGGAGCCAAAAGGCAAAUUUCUUUUCGGCAGAAGAGGUCUAUCUGGGCCAAUAACCAAUCCAUCAGCUGCUGAAAAUCCUGAUGGCAGUGUUCCUCAUCUGCAAGCAUUCAGCCUCUCCAGCAUCACAGAAGCCACAAACAAUUUCUCAAUUGCAAACAAGAUUGGAGAAGGUGGUUUUGGCUCUGUCUACAAGGGCAUGUUACCUAGAGGACAGGAAAUAGCUGUGAAGAGACUGUCAAAAACUUCUACUCAAGGACAUGAAGAGUUCACUAAUGAGGUUACUCUUACCGCAAGACUUCAACAUGUAAAUCUAGUCAGAGUGAUAGGGUUCUGCAUCAAGAAUGAAGAAAAGAUGAUAAUCUAUGAAUACAUGCCAAACAAAAGCUUGAAUUUCUACCUCUUUGAUCCAACUGGAAGGAGUAUCUUAGAUUGGAGAAAACGUGUUCAAAUCAUUGAGGGGAUUAUUCAAGGGCUUCUAUAUCUCCAAGAAUACUCAAAUUUUACUAUAAUUCACCGAGAUCUCAAAGGUAGCAACAUUUUACUGGACAAGGAUAUGAAUCCGAAGAUAUCAGAUUUCGGAAUGGCUAAACUUUUUGGAAAAGAUGAGCAUGAAGCAAACACAGACAGGAUUGUUGGAACAUAUGGGUAUGUUCCUCCGGAAUAUGUGAGAAAAGGUACAUACUCCAUGAAAUAUGAUGUCUAUAGUUUUGGAGUUCUACUUCUGCAAAUCAUAAGUGGCAAGAGGAAUGACUGUUAUUAUGGCGUGAACGAGACAUUGAACCUUCUUGAAUACGCAUAUGAGUUGUGGAGAGAAGGUGAAGGCAUGAGGUUUAUAGAUCCAUCACUUGAUGAUUCAUCUUCGCCAUGCAAACUCGUGAGAUGCUUGCAAUUAGCUUUGUUAUGUGUCCAAGAAAAUCCCGUGGACAGACCAACAAUGUUGGAAGUUUAUUCAAUGCUUAAAAAUGAGAAUGGACCUAUUGCCACACCCCAAAAGCCAGCUUUCUCCAUUAAAACAGAUGAGAGUAUGGCGAGCAGUUCUACAUCACAGCAAAGAAGUUGUUCAGCUGCAAGUUCACUAAUUUCCCAAAUAAUAGCAAGAUAAACAGGCUAGCUUUUGGUGGGAGACAUGGUUGACUAAAGAGAUAUUUGUUUCUAACUUUAGUUUGUGUUGUCAAUUCAUGUUUGUAGGUUCAACCAAUUUGGUUGUUUUUAUUUAUUCCAAGUACGAUCUUGUCAAGUAUAUGAUACUUAGUGCAAUGUAAGGUUGGAAUAAGAACUAUAGUAACAAGUCGUACGUGUACCCAUAUGGACCCAUCUCUGGAUGAUACACUAAUUUCUUCAUGUAAAUUGUUGAGAUGCCUGCAAAUUGCUCUUU